AUCAUGCAUCGGUUCCCGACGCUUACCGAACAGCGCCAGCCUUCAACGGCGCGCUUAAACGGUGUAAAAGUUUUCAAAAGUAGUGGCUUAAUGCUAUUUGACAUUGUGCUGUGCUGUCGCCUCUCCACGCAGUAAACAGAUACCCAGUGUUUCUGUGCCGGUUAACGUUGCUAUAGCUACAGGUUCGGUCGCGCGUUUACACAGGGCUGUGUGCGAUGGGGUUCACAAACUUUUGUCGUAUCGUUUAAUGCUUGUCGGUAGACAAUGUCGGUUGUAAGCUUACAAUUGGGUCAGUGCGGGAAUCAGAUCGGACACGAGCUCUUCAGUGUCAUAAGCGAAGAUGCCAACGGACCGAACAGGAAGAAGUACAAGCAAUGCAGCGAAGAGAGAUUCUUUCACGAGAGAUCCUCUGGAGAACUCGUGGCGCGGUCGGUGCUUGUUGAUAUGGAGCCCAAAGUGAUCUCUCAAGCAAUAGCCAAGGCUUCAAAAUCUGGAAGAUGGAGAUACGGAGACGAAGCACAUUUCUCCCAGAAGCAGGGCUCUGGAAACAACUGGGCGAAUGGGUUCUGUGUUCAUGGACCGCGCCAUGGAGAGGCUGUGGAGGAUCUGGUUCGGAUGGAGAUGGAGCGCUGUGAUCGUCUGGCUGGGAUUUUCAUCAUGAUGAGUGUCGCGGGCGGCACCGGUUCUGGUGUGGGUACCUACAUCACUCAGCGCCUGAGGGACUUGUAUCCCAAUUCCUUCAUCCUCAAUCAAGUAACAUGGCCAUAUGGAGCUGGUGAGGUGAUUGUGCAGAACUACAACUCUGUGCUGACACUGUCACACCUCUACCAGCUCUCAGACGCUAUUCUGGUUCACGAGAAUGACACCGUGCACAAAAUCUGCAGCCGGCUGAUGAACAUCAAGCACAUCUCCAUCAGCGACGUUAAUAAGGUGAUCGCCCACCAGCUGUCCAGCGUACUUCAGCCCGCUUACACCGCUGACUCGGCCUGCCGUUACGGCACAAACCCCAUCGGGGAAUUACUGACUCGUCUGGUGUGUCACCCCGAGUACAAACUGCUCAGCUUGUGUAACAUUCCUCAGAUGUCCAGCACGUCUCUGGCCUAUAGUGUGUUUAACUGGCCCGGGCUGCUCAAGCAUUUACGUCAGAUGCUCAUCGCCAGCGCUAGGAUGGAGGAAGGAAUUGACUGGACGGUGAGCACCCCAGCAGCAGUCGCAUCUAGAGGAGAGAGCUCGACCAACGGCACGCAUAAAAAUUUCAAUUUAUCACUUGCUAAUCUUCUAAUACUACGGGGGAAAGAUGUCUCUACUGCAGUUACAGACGGUUUUAAGGAUCCUGCUUUAUAUGUGCCAUGGCUUCAACCAGAAAAUAGUUUCAGCACAUGGAGCUCUCCUGUCGCCUUCAAUGGAUAUGAAAAGUCUGCCACGUUGGUCAGUAACAACCAGUCCCUUUUAAAACCCUUGGACAGUAUAGUCAGGAAAGCUUGGAAUAUGUUUGAAUCAAGGGCCUAUGUUCAUCAGUAUAUGAAGUUUGGAAUCUCUGAGGAGGAUUUUCUGGACAGUUUUACAGCACUAGAACAGAUCAUCUCCAGCUACACACACCUCUGAUUGACCUGAUCAUACACAGCUCAGCGUGAACACUGUGACGGCACUGACUUCAUGUGAUGUGCAUUUCACACCAAUAGACAAAUGUUUUAUUCAUCAUUUUGUAAUAAAAAUAUUAUUUCUGUCAUUCAAACCUGUAAAUACAUUUUUCUGUAUGAUUUGAAUAUUUUUCAAUAAAAGUAUUUUUAUGACCA